CAGAUGCCGGGUUUUAGUAUCACCCCGGAAAUGUCCCGGUUUAUAGGAAAAGAAAACAUUCAUGUUUGCAAACAUUUUAAGUAAUUUAAGUUCCAUUCUCCAGGGCAUUUUUAUGCUCAGCUGAUUUUGAGGUGACGUUAUCGGAGUUGUUCCGGGCUGAAAGCAUGGCAAGACACCUGAAUGAUGUUCCACGAUGGAUCUUUAUUGGAAUUUGGAUUUUGGGAAACAUAGCAAUGUUCCUGUAUGAAUAUUUCGUGUACAAAAAUUCUGCAGAGUUUUUCUACCUCAGGAAAAUUGUUGGGGCGGCUUUGCCAGUGGCGCGAGCAAGUGCGGCUUGCCUCAACCUCAACUGCAUGUUGAUACUUAUUCCAGUAUGCAGGAAUCUCAUUUCAUUUUUAAGGGGAUCUCUAAAGAAUUGCUGUAAAAAAACAAUCCGGCGACAGUUAGACAAACACAUAACUUUUCAUCGGUACAUCGCCUACAUGAUUUGUAUACACACAGCUGUUCAUAUUGGUGCCCAUGUGUUUAAUGUUGAACGUAUGGUGGUUGCUCAUGAUGGCUCUGAACUUCUGCUGUCCCUGCUCAGUAACUUGGAUGAUAACAACCCUGGACAGACCUAUAUAAACCCAGUCAGAGAUGGCACACAGGAUCCAACUCUGUUUGCAAUGACAUCUAUACCAGGUAUCACAGGAGUACUUGCCACCUUAGCCCUUAUCCUGAUGGUCAGUUCUGCCACGGAGACAAUCAGGAGGUCAUACUUCGAGGUGUUUUGGUUCACUCAUCAUCUGUUCGUUGUGUUCUUUGUCUGUGUUGGCAUUCAUGGUAUUGGUAAGAUAGUUCGAGGCCAGUCCAAUAUUGGAGACCAUGAUCCAGAGUAUUGUGUAGACAAGUAUGAGCAGUGGGGUUCUCCAGCUGAGCCUAAAUGUCCCCUACCACAGUUUACAGGGAGUAGUCCAUCUACCUGGCAGUGGAUUGUUGGUCCUGUGGUGUUGUAUGUGUUGGAACGAUUUGUGCGAUUCUUCCGCUCCAAUCAACAGGUCGUCAUUUCAAAGGUGGUGAAGCAUCCUUCGAAGGUGUUUGAGCUGCAGAUGAGAAAGAAGGGGUUCAGUAUGGGGCCAGGACAGUACAUCUUCCUGCAGUGUCCGAAGAUCUCUCAUCUUGAGUGGCAUCCCUUCACCCUUACAUCUGCGCCUGAGGAUGAGUAUUUCUCGGUGCACAUCCGGCGUGUGGGCAACUGGACAGAGGCACUGGCCAAAGCGUGUCACGUUGACGAGGUUGAGUUCAAGGAGAACUGGAAACUUCCCAAAGUAGCAGUUGAUGGACCAUUUGGAACAGCUACUGAGGACAUUUUUACAUAUGAGGUGGACAUUUUUGUUGCUGCGGGGAUUGGAGUCACUCCAUUUGCUUCAGUCCUCAAACAUACAUGGCAUAGGCUGACAAAUCGCAGGUACCGGAAGCAGGUUGCAGGAAGGGACUUCAAGCUGAAGAAGGUCUACUUUUUCUGGAUCUGCCCUGACAUGAAUGCUUUUGAAUGGCUCCAUGACCUGUUGAAGUACUAUGAUCGACAGAUGGCGGACUCUGGAAUGAAUGAUUUCCUCACUUACUAUGUGUACCUGACACGAGGCUGGGACAGAAACCUGGCAAAAACAAUUGUUCUACAUGAUGAGGAAAUAUACGAUCCCAUCACUGGUUUACAACAGAAGACCCACUAUGGCCGACCUAACUGGGACCAGAUAAUGCCAACCAUUGCUGACAAACAUCCUGGGACAAAGAUUGGAGUGUUUUUCUGUGGGCCAAAAGUUCUUUCAAGUACUCUCCAUAAAGCAUGUAACCAACACUCGUCAAAAGAGGGAGCAAGGUUUUACUACAACAAGGAAAACUUUUAGAUACAUGGAUAUCACAGAUCAACUUUUACUUAUUCCCACAUUUAUAUUAAUUUUUUGACCAUUUUUGAACUGCUGAAAAUAAUAUAAUUUGAUAUGAUGUAAAGUUAAUGAACCACUGACUUUCAUUUUCUCAGUCCUUUUAUGACCCUGAGUAAAUAGAUGUCAGAAAAAGUUCACUCUGGAAGUAAAAAAAAUCUAAAAUGAUAAGAAUGGUUUCUGUACUACAUAUCAGAGAGAAAGUCAUUCAUAUAGUUUAUUUUGAUAUAAAAUACUCUGGCUAUAUACUGUUUUAUACUGUUCUAUAGAUAUCUAGUCUUCCAAAUGUUAAAUAUUUAAUGCUCAAGUUUCUGUGUUCAAUGUUUAUUGAAUUACAUGUACAUGUAUUGUUUCUAAAGUUAUCAUUAAUUUCUUUGCCACUCAACAACAUUGUGCAUCUAUGUUAUAGCUAGGAUAUGGAUAUAAGAUGAUGACAGUUAUCAUUUAAGUUUCCUUCUGACAAAAGGAAAAUAUCCUAUCUGACCACUUUUGGUCUGUAAUUUACCCAGGAAGGGUAACAGGAGAAGUUCUGACAUGUUUUUGUUGCGUUAUUGUUUUGGCAGGUCCAAAAACUUCAUAACUAGAUUAUCUAAGAUAUAUUUAAAGAUUUUGUUAUAAUACAAUUUCAUAUUUUGUAUAUGCUUGUAAUAUUUUACAUUAUUUCUUCUUAUUUUAUAUGCAUAUAGAGGACUGUCUGAUAUUUUUGAGAAUGUGCUUAUAAAUGGAAAACUACUUUUAGGUUCUUUACCAGGUUUUCAUAUCGAAAUGAAUUUUUUUUUUUAAAGAAGUUUGAAAUUUUGCAAGUAAUUGUUACAAUAGCAGCAUUUCAAAACAUCACAUGCUCACAUUUUGUAAAAAGACUAUCCACUUUCUCCAAUGCAUAUCCAGUAUGCUGUAUCCACUGUUAAUCAUACAUGCCGAAUCGCUUGCGGGGGAAAAAUCCUGCAGAAUUUUCAUUUUUUCCCUGGUCUCCUGGCGGGGGACGUAUAUCCCUUGGAAUUUAAACACAAACAAACAAAUUAAGACGGGUUUAUUCGUGUGCUUUAAUGAACAAAUAUUUUACAACAGGACUGAACUUUAACAAACAAACAACUCCAGGAAUUACUAGGAAUCAAAAUGUAUAUUUAUUUUUUUUGAUAAAUGCCAAAAGGAUACAUGAUUAUUAACUAUAACAAGAAGUGAUACAUUUAUUUUUGAGUAUUGAUCAAUGGCAAACAAAUAUUACUUUUUGAAAAAUGCAAGAAACAAAUAAUAUGUGUAAUAUUUAUUCCAUUCCCCAUUAGUCUAAGUCAUCAUUUCUGAUUGUAAGCAGAUUUUUUUAAUUGACUUAGGAGGAAGGUAAACCAAUUAAAUUGUCUCCUACAUACAUUUUUUUCAAUGACAUAACUAUUUUGUUCUACAAAUGCAUAACAGUAUACAGUAUUUGCAUAUGACAUCACAGUCUCAUAAGAAUAUGGUUUAGAAGCAUAAAUGAAAUACUUUGGAUGUACAGAAAGGUAAUUAGAUGGUCUCGCAGUAGCUAUGCAUUGAUUGAUCAAAAUCCCCUGGUCUAACGUUAAAACCUUCAGGAAUUUUAGAAAAAAAAUGUCACAAUCCCCUGGAAUGAUUUCCAGAAAUAUGGUAUGUAUAGUUAAUAAAAACUGUGCAUAAAAAGUUUUUAAUAUCUACAAAAUUUCUAUGUCAUAGACUGAAACCGCUGAUGUAUUUUACAUUUGAAUUUUCAUUCAACUUAAAAGGAUAAUUGCUAAAUUGUAUUCAUAUAUAUAUAUAUCAGGGCCAUUAAAAAAUAUACGAAAAUUUCAUAAUAACUUUUGAAGCUUUUGAUGUUUACAUAUAUGUGUAUUCUGUUAAAGUACAAGAAAACUAAACAAAAUUCAUUGAGAUUUAGGUGUUUGUUGAUUGUUUUAACUAUAAAAUACUAUGAAGGAGCAAACGGUUAAAAAAGGGGAUGUAUUAAUGACUUAGUGAUUAAACAUGUGUGCAUAUAAUGCUACCACACGUUGAGACUGAAUGCAACAUGCACAUUAUUGGUAAAAUGUAAGAACAAGACACAAAUCUAAACCAAACUUUCAGAAAAAGCUUUUAUGAUUGAUUUAAAUAACAGAGGUUACCUCCUGAUAGUUUUUGCAUUGGAUACAUGUAUGACAUGUUGAAGGGCAUUCCUUUGAAAUCCAUGAAGAAUGAAUGGGGAUGUCGAUUUUCAUGUAUUUGCCAGUACUGGUAGGAGCAUAGAUGGGUUUCCAAACCAUUGAUUAUUGUCUCAUCUGUAUUGGUGGUUGUUAUGCCUUCAAAGUGGAGCAUAUAGUAAUCAAACAAUCUGUCUGUCUGUCCAUCCCAACAGUUUCCAAUCAAUAACUGAAUUAGGUUCAGGCCCAGGUAUCUCAAACUUGGCAGAGAGGUUGGUCAUGACCCGUGGAUGAACCUUAUUGACUUUGAGGUCAAAGUUCAAGGUCAUGGUGAUCUUGAGCUGAAAAUCUGUUUCUCUUUCAAGAUCUGGAAAUGGCGUGGUCCCAAGACCUGAAACUUGGUAGGCAGGUUAGUUUUGACCAGAUAAACCCUUAAGAAUUUUAGGGCAGUGGGUCAAAGUUGUGGUGACUUUGAGUUGAAAAUUUGUUUCUGAUCAAUAACUGAAGAAAAUUCGGUGUCCGGAACCUUUGAAUUGGUAGAAAAGUUGUUUAUUGACUAGUAAAUGAACUCAAUUGAUUUUGAGGUCAAUGGGUAAAAUUUAAGGUCAAUAAUGCCAUGUCAAUAAGUCUUGUCCUAUAAAUAUGAAACUUAAUCAGAAUGUUUUCCUUGAUAAAUUUAUAAUCUUAUAAUUCAAAGUUAUAAUGGGGUCACAUGGGGUCAAAACUAGGUCACUUGGUCAAAUGUUCGGAAAAAGUCGUGUUCUAUAUUUGUGAAACUUUAUCAGAAUGUUUUCCUUGAUAAAACCUAUAAUGCGCAUAAAUGUGAUUCCCAUAAGGUAAAAAAACUAGGUCACUAGGUCAAAUAUUAGAAAAACAGUCAAGAGGCACUUUUUUUCUGUGCGGAACAAUGAAUUGGUACAGAUUGGUUAGAUAAUGUUCAAACUUGGCCAGAAAGUCCCCCUUGAUAAAAUCUUGACCGCUUGUUAAUGUGGGUCACAUGGGGUCAAAAACUAGGUCACUUGGUCAAAUCUUCGGAAAUUCUUUGAACACACUACAGACAUUAUAUUGGUACAAUAUUGAUGAGACUUUAUCAGAAUGUUUUUGUUUUCUUUUAUGAACUAUAAGAUUAAUUGGAAAUUAGGUUGUGCGGUGUCAAAAACAACGACACUGGAUCAAAUCUUAGAAAAAAAUCUAAAAACCAUUCAAGAGGCAGUAUAUCUUGUCCUAUAUUUGUAAAACUUUAUCAGAAUGUUUUCCUUGAUAAAACUUAUAAUGCGCAUAAAUGUGGUUCCCAUAAGGUAAAAAAACUAGGUCACUAGUUCAAAUAUUAGAAAAACAGUCAAGAGGCACUUUUUUUCUGUGCAGAAUAAUAAAUUGGUACAGAUUGGUCAGAUAAUGUUCAAACUUGGCCAGAAAGUCCCCCCUUGAUAAAAUAUUGACUGCUUGUUAAUUUUGGUCGAAAGGGGUCAAAACUAGGUCACUAAGUCAAAUCUUAGGAAAAUCUUUGGAACACACUAGAGGCAUCAUAUUUUUUUUCCAAUAUCAAUGAAAAUUUAUCAAUGAUUUCCUUCAUCAGCUCUAGGAUUAAUUUGAAAUUUGGUCAUGUGGUGUCAAAACUAGGUCACUAGGAAACCUUUGGAAUACCUUUUGAACACACUUGAGACAUUAUAUUUGGUACAAUAUUCAUGAAACUUCAUCAGAAUGUUUUCCUUCAUUAACUCACAUAUUAUUUUGAAUCUAGGUCUGCCUUCUGUACUUCAGAAAAAUCUUGCAUAGAGCAUUGCUCUUUAUCAAAAAUAUUCUCGCAACUAUCAUUAAUCGCCUUUGCAACUGAAAUACCAAUGCUCCUGUACAUGCUGGAGUUAUUGUGAGAAAUAAACAGGUAUGUUUCCAUCCAUGUCAUUCUUAUGUUGCAGUUGUUUUAUUACCACAGGCUGCUCUGUGCAGGAUAUAUUACUGCCCACUUUACCAUCCAAUUUCAAAGUUGUUUUGAUCAAAUGACGUCAAAAUAUUGAGUAUAUUUUAAACUGCUCCAUCACAAAGGUUGUCAUAUCAAUAAUUUUCUAUUAUAAAAGACAUAUUUAUGAUCAAAUAUGUGAAUUAUUUAUAAUGUAAAGACAAACAUAACUUUUUAAUUCUGACAAGUUUAUAAUGAUUGGGUGAGUCUCAAAACUUUCUGGAGCCAUCAUACAUGUAGUUAUAAACAUGUUUAUUCAAUGACACACCCGGCAAUCAUUUCUGUGAUAAAGUAUUAUAUAUUUUCUUUUACAUUUUGCAUAAUGCCAACUUUAAUACUCUGAAAAUCAUAUUAUUUAAUAAAUCUAAUCAAUGAAAACUGAAUGGUUGUUUCAUUUGUUUCCAUGAGGUGUUAGCAAAAGUUGUUUGUAGAACUUAAUGUCCCCUCAAGCGCCACUUUAUUUGAAACAUGAAAGAUAGCAUUGACAAUGAACAUAACCUACUGACACUACAAUAUUGUUCAUCUACUG